AUGGCCAGUCACCGAGACCCUCGAUUUCUGCACAACCUGUCCUACCACCCACGAUGGCAACACAACUCAAUAAAAGUGAAAAGAAAAAGGCAUAUGCGGACAGUGGCUUCAAAUAUUUGCAAUGAUUAUAGUCAGUUUAAAUCUUUAGAAUCUUUGUCAUCAAAACCACAGCUGCCAUGUUCCCCUGCGCAACACUCCAGAAGCUUCCGGUGGACCACAUUUCUUCUUUCCUUAUUCGUGGUUUUAAUAUUUCCCUGUCAAGCCUGGGCUGCCACUUUCAAGAUUGCCCUGGUUGGACCCUGGACGUGUGACCUCUUAUACUCCAGAGCCCUUCCUGACCUUGCAGCAAGGCUUGCCACUGCUCGCAUGAACAAGGACCCCUACCUCAACAAAGGCUAUUGGUACGACUACACGCUGAUCACUGAGGACUGCAAGUCAUCCCGUGCACUCGCUCGCUUUGCAGAGCUGGAAGGUUAUGGUGCUGCUGUCCUGGGCCCUGCCAACCCGGGCUACUGCAGCUCAGCUGCUCUGUAUGCAAAAGAAUGGGAUGUGGGGAUUCUUUCUUGGGGUUGUCUGAAUCCCAACAUGGAUCAAGGAGACAUGUAUCCCACCUUCCUGCGGCCGGUGCCAUUGUCCUCACAUGUACUCUUCUCUGUGUUGCGGUACUUCCGAUGGGCUCAUGUGGCCAUAAUCUCCGAGGAAACAGACAUAUGGGAAGCCACCGGACAGGAGCUUGCCUCGUCACUGAGGGCCCUUGGCCUGCCUGUCAACCCUGUGGUUACAAUGGAGGAUGAUAAAGACGGGCCUCAAAGAGCCCUCACAAAAGUCAGGGAUGCAGACCGGGUCAGAGUGAUCAUCAUGUGCAUGCCUUCUGUCCUACUUGGUGGACAAACCCAGUACCAACUACUGACAACAGCCUUGGCAAUGCGUAUGAUCGACCGUGGCUACGUCUUCAUUCCUUAUGAUACUCUCCUUUAUGCACUACCCUACAAAGAUGCACCCUACUACAUGCUGGGCAAUGACACCAAGCUGAGGAAAGCCUAUGACGGAGUCCUUACCAUUACUAUGGACUCUGGAGAGCGCAAUUUCUAUGAGGCCUUCCGAGAUGCCCAGGACAGCUAUGAAAUUCGUACAAGCACCUCGCCAGAGCAAGUUUCCCCCUUCUUUGGCUCAAUCUACAACAUGAUGUACUAUACAGGAAUGGCGGCUGAGCAAGCCCGUGCAAGUGGAGGCCGUUGGGUAACUGGGACCAUACUUGGUGAAAGCAAGGGCGAGUUUCAAUUUCAAGGCUUCAACCAGCCUGUGAGGUCAGGCCAGUAUGGUGAAGGCAUGCAGGUUGACUAUGUUGUGCUGGACUACAGCGGAAUGGGUCCCCUUCUCUACUCCACUCAUAUAUUGAAGUCCAUGCACACAAACGGAGGGAUGGGCAGUUUGAAAUACCUCAGUCGUUCGAUCCAUUUUGCAGGUAGCACGCCCUACACUGACUCUGGAUGCUGGUUUAGCCCGUACUUUGCCUGUACUGGAGGCAUGGAUUCAGUCACUCUUUUCUUCCUUUUCCUGAUAUUUGUCGCACUGGCUGGAUGUCUAAUCAACCUCUUUUUACGCUUUAAGAGAAUGGGAAGAGUUGGAUUUAGCUUUGGAGGUAGUAAUGGAUCAUCAAAGGUAGUCCUGACACUUGAUGACCUAGUCUUCAUUAACACUCAAGUCAGCAAACGGAAGCUCAAUGAUGAGAGUAUCAUGAAAAGCCAGCUUGAUAUGAAGACACCACACCACUCAGUGUCUGGUCGCAGCUACUUGGCCUCCACACCUGACAGCUCAAAUGUUGCCGUAUUUGAGGGGGACUGGGUUUGGUUGAAGAAAUGCCCCACUGGAUCUGUGUCAUCUGUCAACAGCAGUACUGAGUAUGUCUUUGUCAAGCUGAGAGACAUGAGGCAUGAAAACCUCAACCUGUUCCUGGGACUGUUCUUUGACUCUGGGAUCUUUGGUCUUGUGACUGAGCAUUGCACCAGAGGCAGCUUGGAGGAUCUGCUCAACAACGACGAAGUGCGUCUGGACUGGAUGUUCAAGUCUUCCCUGUUAAUGGAUCUGAUACGAGGAAUGAAGUACCUUCACCAUCGUGACAUCAUCCAUGGACGCCUCAAAUCACGAAACUGUGUGGUAGAUGGUCGCUUUGUAUUGAAGGUGACAGAUUAUGGGUUUAAUGAAAUAUUGAUCGCCCAAAGCAUUGACAACGAUGAGGAAAAACCAGAAAAUCUGCUUUGGACGGCUCCUGAGCUGCUGCGAAGUACUAGCUUGAGGCGGCGAGGCACUUUCUUAGGAGAUGUCUACAGCUUUGCCAUUGUCUCGCAGGAAGUCAUCGCACGCUCUGCACCCUUCUGCAUGCUGGACAUGCCUCCCAAGGAGAUAAUCAACAAGGUCAAAGACCCUCCUCCUUUGUGUCGGCCAAUUCUGUCAGUGGAUGAGGCACCGCUAGAUGUGAUUCAAGUUUUGAAACAGGCCUGGAGUGAAGAGCCUGAGAAGAGGCCAACCUUUGAGGAGAUCUUCAAGCAGUUUAAGAGCAUCACCAAGGGAAAGAAGACCAACAUCAUUGACUCUAUGCUGCGCAUGUUGGAGCAGUACUCCUCCAACUUGGAGGAUCUGAUCAGAGAGCGGACAGAGGAACUGGAGGUGGAAAGACAAAAGACUGACAAACUGGUGGCUCAGAUGUUGCCAAAGUCUGUGGCUCAGGCACUGAAGACAGGCAAGCCAGUCAAACCUGAGCACUUUGAUGGGGUAACACUAUACUUCAGUGACAUUGUGGGCUUCACCACCAUCUCAGCUCUCAGUGAGCCCAUUGAGGUGGUCGACCUACUCAAUGACCUGUACACACUUUUUGAUGCCAUCAUUGGAUUGCAUGAUGUAUACAAGGUGGAAACUAUUGGAGAUGCCUACAUGGUAGCCUCAGGAGUCCCUGUAAGAAACAGUAACCGUCACGCAGCUGAGAUGGCCAACAUGUCUCUCGACAUCCUCCACUGCAUCGGGACCUUCAAGAUGAGGCACAUGCCUGAACUAAAAGUCAGAAUCCGUAUUGGCCUUCACUCGGGCCCAGUGGUAGCAGGAGUGGUCGGUCUUACAAUGCCAAGGUACUGUCUGUUUGGAGACACUGUCAACACAGCAUCUCGAAUGGAGUCCACAGGGUUGCCUUACAGAAUCCAUGUCAACCAAAGCACAGUUGAUAUCCUGAAUAGCCUGAAGUUGGGAUACAAAAUUCAAGUCAGAGGCAUGACGGAGUUAAAGGGCAAAGGUGUUGAGAACACCUACUGGUUGGUUGGGAGGGAUGAUUUCAACAAGCCUCUGCCUAUUCCUCCAGACCUUCAAGGGGGAAGCAAUCAUGGUAUCAGUUUAGAAGAGAUACCUCCUGAUAGAAGACAGAAAUUCCUGGACCGACAGAAGAAGAUGGGCUAG